AUGUAUAUCCCAACUGAUGAACAAUUGGUUUCCAUAUCAAAAAGAAGUACCUCCACUUCUUCAGCGGUUUAUAUUAUAAUCAGUAUCGUCAGUACUAUUUUAUUUACUAUCAUAAGAAUGUGCUUCAAAAGAAGAUGCAAACAUUCAACUAAGACAGUAAAUAAUAAUUCAACUGUUAUACAUCGAACAUCUCCAAUAGUUGUUGGAACCCUCCGUCCAAUAAACGAUAGUAAUUCAACAACUAGAGUUCAGCUGCCUGCUAUCGUACAAUACCCUACCAUUACACCUGCACCGGUUGCAAAUGAUAUUGCUCUCCAUAAUGCCAAUCAAUUCAAUUUCAACCCACCAGAAGAACCUCCUCCAGCUUAUACCCCCGGAAUGGCUGGACUUUACUUAUUACAUGGUAUAGUUGAUCACCAUCAACGUCACAAACCAAAUUCUGGUUCAUGGGAACAGAAUACUUCCACUGUUCAACAUACAACACAUAGUAGUCUACCAGAUGGGAGCACAGUGGAACAAACCAAUUCUGUUACAGAAAUUACUAAAGGAAACAAAGUCCCAGUAAUGCCUACUAUUAGUGCUUCCAACUUCACAAUACCAACAACGAAGGCUCCCAAUCAUGUCAGCAAUACUUUGACACCCGCACAAAUAUUUGGUAUCGUUUUUGGAAGUAUUAUAGGUUUCAUUCUUUUACUUCUAGUAAUAUUUGCUAUUUAUUCUUGUUGCAGAAACAAGAAGAAGCAGACUCGUGAAACAAACAACGAUAUAGAGUUACAACAUUCAAAUAAUCUGAAUCCAAGUAUACUUCCUUUAUAUACUCCACAAUACCAUGCUCAUGAAGUGCCAUCUCCUGAAGUCCCACUUCCAGUUUAUUGCAAAACUUGA